GGUUCUGUGUCGGAGUAGGUAAGCCAAAGACUACACAUACUCAGUAUAAGAAUUCAAAACAAGCCCUGUCCCUGGUGUCUUCGGCGGAGAGUAGUUGGCACGCUUGGUGUCCUGGUGUCGACUACCUUCUUUGAAAAGGCGGGGCAGAUGUCGAAAUUUCAACGCCGCUGAGAGAGAAGAGAAAGGAGACGGAAAAGAUGAGAAUGGAAGAGACAGAAAAUGAUAACGAACACGGAGACAACGAAAAAAUAACGGAUGACGGUAACGAGAGAGACAAAAUUGAUGAUAAUAAAGGAGAGAAGGACGAAACCGAUUACGAAGUAGAAACCGAUAGCGAAGACGAAGGAAAAACCGAUUACGAAGUAGAAACCGAUAGCGAAGACGAAGGAAAAACCGAUUACGAAGUAGAAACCGAUAGCGAAGACGAAGGAAAAACCGAUAACGGAAAAGAAGAAACCGAUAACGAAGACGAAGAAGGAAAAAACGAUAACGGAAAAGAAGAAACCGAUAACGAAGACGAAGAAGGAAAAAACGAUAACGGAAAAGAAGAAACCGAUAACGAAGACGAAGAAGGAAAAACCGAUAACGGAAAAGAAGAAACCGAUAACGAAGACGAAGAAGGAAAAAACGAUAACGGAAAAGAAGAAGAAACCGAUAACGAAGACGAAGAAGGAAAAACCGAUAACGGAAAAGAAGAAGAAACCGAUAACGAAAACGAAGAAGGAAAAAACGAUAACGAAGAAGAAGGAACCGAUAACGAACUCGAAAACGAAGAAGGAAAAACCGAUAACGAGAAAGAAGAAGGAACCGAUAACGAACUCGAAGACGAAGAAGGAAAAACCGAUAACGAAGAAGUAGCAACCGAUAACGAAGAAGUAGCAACCGAUAACGAAAACGAAGAAGGAAAAACCGAUGACAAAGAAGGAACCGAUAACGAACUCGAAGACGAAGAAGGAAAAACCGAUAACGAAGAAGAAGUAAUCGAUAACGAAAACGAAGACAAAGAAGGAAAAGCCGAUAACGAAAAAGAAGAAGAAGAAAGCGAAGAAGAAGCAACUGAUAACGAAAAAGAACAAGAAGCAACCGAUAACGAACUCGAAGACGAAGAAGGAAAAUUCGAUAACGAAGAAGAAACCGAUAACGAUAGUGAUAAGGAAGAAGAGAAAAACGGAGGAGUAAGCCAAGAUCGCGACAACGAAGAGGAAAAAGAAGCAGGAGCCGAUAACGAACAAGAAGAUAACGACGGUGAGAGAGAUAACGAAGAAGGAAAAAGCGAAAAAGCAAUCGGAAGACAAAAACGAAAACCAGAAGAGAAGAAGGAAAGAAAAGACCAAAUGGCGAGACAAAGAGAAAUGAAAAAGGAAGAGGAAGAAGCGAAGAAGAAACGCGGAGAUAAAACAACUGAAGAAAAAACAUGGAAACGAGAAGACAAUAAAGAAGAAAGAAUAAGACAAGAUAAAACAGAUAAAGAAGAAGAAAAAGAACAAGACAAAGCGAAUAAAGGAGAAAGGAAAAUACAAGAAAAGAAAAUAGAUAAAGAAGAAGAAAAAGAACAAGACAAAGCGAAUAAAGGAGAAAGGAAAAGAAAAGAAGACAAAACAAAUAAAAAAGAAGAGAAAGAACAAGACAAAGCGAAUAAAGGAGAAAGGAAAAUACAAGAAAAGAAAAUAGAUAAAGAAGAAGAGAAAGAACAAGACAAAGCGAAUAAAGGAGAAAGGAAAAGACAAGAAAAGAAAACAGAUAAAGAAGAAGAGAAAGAACAAGAAGACAAAUCGAAUAAAGGAGAAAGGAAACGAGAAGAAAAUAAGAGAAAUAAAGAAGAAGAGAAAAAACAAGACAAAACGAAGAAGGAAGAAAGGAAAAAACAAGAAAAGAAAACAGAUAAAGAAGCAGAGAAAGAACCAGACAAACCGAAUAGAGGAGGAAGGAAACGAGAAGUAAAUAAAACAAAUAAAGAAGAAGAGAAAGAACAAGACAAAACGAAGAAGGGAGAGAGAAAACGAGAAGAUAAAACCAAAAAAGGAGGAGGGAAAAAACAAGAAAACCAAAACGCAGAAGGAGAGACGAGCGACCGAGAAGACAUAACAGAUAAAGAAGAAAAGGGAAAGAACAAAGGAGAAGAAAAGAGACUAGGGAAAAACAGGAAUAAAAACGAAGUAAAGCCAAGACAAGAAAGAAGGAGGAAAGAAGAAGAAGGAGGAAAAAACAGAGAGGAAAAAAAGAAAAAGGAAAAUGAUACGAAACAAGAAGAGAAAAGAAAGGAAGUGGAAGGGAAAGAAGAAAAGGAAGAAAGAGAAAACGUAAAAAUCAAACGAAGAAGAAAGAAGGAAGAGGAAGAGAAUGGAGGAAAUGCAGAAGGAAAAGAUGAAGAAGAAAAAGAGGAAGACGAAAGAGAAGAAGAAACAACACAAGAAGACGAUUACGAAACACAGGGAAAAGAGGAGAGUAAAAAGGUGGCAAAGAAAGGGACGAAGAGAAAGGAAAAGAUAAAUGGAACAGAAGAAAGGAAAACACAAGGAGGAAAGCCGAAAAAGGAAGAGGGAGAGAAAGGAAAAGGAAAUAAGAUAAAGAAAGAGGAGGAAGGAGCAACUGGGAAUAACCACAGAAUAGACAAAAAGAAAGAAAGAGAAAAGGAAGAACAAAAGAGAGGAAGAACCAAGCAAAGGAGAGGGAAAGAAGACGAUGAUAGAGGUGAAGACACAAAGGAAGAAGAAGAAGAAGACAUAGACGAGGAAGACGAUAACGAUGGACAAGAAAAAGGGAAGAAUAAAGAAGUAGACAAAAGACUGAAAGACAAAGCGAAGAGAGGGACAAAGAAAAUAGAAAAGAUAAAUGAAGAAGAAGAAGAAGGGAGGAGACAAAGAAGAAAAGCGAAAAAGGAAGAGGGAGAGAAAGGAAAAGGAGAUAAGAUAAAGAAAGAGGAGGAAGGGGCAACUGGGAAUAAUCACAGAAUAGACAAAAAGACAGAAAGAGAAAGGGAAGAAGAAAGUGGAAAAAUCAAACAAAGAAAAAAGAAAAAGGAAAAAGGAAAUCAAGCGAAAGCAGAGGAAGGAGAAGAAGAGGAGAAUAAAGAAGACGACGGAGACGAUGAAGAAAGAGAAGUGGAAGAAAAGAAUAAAGGAGGAGCAAAGAGAAUGGUGAAGAGGAAAGCCUGUGAUAAAAGCGGCGAAGGGAAAAUACAGAAAGACAUCGAAAUAGAGAAAAUCGAAAAAACGAAACAGAGGAAGAGAAAAGGAAAAGAUAAAGAUUUAGAAGAGAUAGAGAGAGAAGAAGAAGCAGGAACAGGCGAUGACGUGAGAAAGGGAAUUAAAGAGGGGGCCGAUAAAGGAAGGAGAAGAGAGAGAGUAGCGAAUGUGGAGAAAGAGGAAGAAGAAACAGCCGUGAUAAAGCAAAGAAGAACACCAAGGUAUGAGGGAGAGAGAAAACCAAAGAAAGAAGGAGAUAGAACACCAGAGACGGAAGGGAAAAGGAAGGGAAAUAAAAUGGGAGAAGGCACACCAAAGAUAGAUAAAGAAAAAAUACAACAAAAGAGGAAAGGAGCAACACCCGAUAAAGAAGAAGAGACAACCCCCAAGACCGGAGGAGGGAGACGACCAAGGAACGAAAGAGGGGAAGGCAAGGAGAAAGAAAGAAGGGAAAUACAAGAGAAUAAAGAUAGGGGAAUCACGGAAACAGAGGAAGAAAAAUCUCCCGAGAGAGAAAGGAAGAACAGAAAACAGAAGAAUGAAAGAGUGGGAAAAGAGAAAAAGGAAAACUACAGAGCGCAACCAAAUGGAGGAGAAGAAAUAUCGAAGAAUCCAAUUGAGAAAACACAAGCGAAGGAAGGAGACAGAAGAACAAGAGAAAAAAGAGAGGGGAGAACAGAAGAUGAAUGGAUAUCAAGACACGAACGAAAGGGAAGAGCAAUAAAGGAGAGAAAUAGAAAUGAAGAAGAUUACGAAGCAGAGGAAGAGACACAGCAGUUCCACGCAAUUCCUCGGCCGCCAAAAAGGGACAUCACUUCAAGCUGUGAAAAUAAUCCAUUUCCACCAGGCGGCAGAUUCCCUGGCAUGUCCGUGAGACCAAAGUACCGGGAAUACAAGUCACGCGAAGAUGAGAGAGAUCCUGGCACGAGAUCCCCCAGGAGAUGGCAUUCGGAUGACAGUGAUUCAGGAGAGAGAAAACCCUUAGCGAGGAAGGAAGAGAAUUUUAGAGACCGCAGGAGACGUCGACGCUCGAGCAAAACGGAAGACGAUGACCCUGCUUUCGACUCACAGAACUCAGCAGGAUACUCCGCACGGCAACAAGAAGCUGGCGACAGAUUCCCUGGCAUGUCCGUGAGACCAAAGUACCGGCAAUACAAGUCACGCGAAAACGAGAGAGAUCCUGGCACGAGAUCCCCAAGAAGAUGGCAUUCAGAUGACAGUGAUUCAGGAGAGAGAAAACCCUUAGCGAGGAAGGAAGAGAACUUUAGAGACCGCAGGAGACGUCGACGCUCGAGCGAAACGGAAGACGAUGAUCCUGCUUUCGACUCACAGAACUCAGCAGGAUACUCCGCACGGCAACAAGAAACUGGCGGCAGAUUCCCUGGCAUGUCCGUGAGACCAAAGUACCGGCAAUACAAGUCACGCGAAGAUGAGAGAGAUCCUGGCACGAGAUCCCCAAGGAGAUGGCAUUCAGAUGACAGUGAUUCAGGAGAGAGAAGACCCUUAGCGAGGAAGGAAGAGAACUUUAGAGACCGCAGGAGACGUCGACGCUCAAGCAAAACGGAAGACGAUGAUCCUGCUUUCGACUCACAGGACUCAGCAGGAUACUCCUCACGGCAACAAGCUGGCGGCAGAUUCCCUGGCAUGUCCAUGAGACCAAAGUACCGGCAAUACAAGUCACGCGAAGAAGAGAGAGAUCCUGGCACGAGAUCCCCAAGGAGAUGGCAUUCGGAUGACAGUGAUUCAGGAGAGAGAAAACCCUUAGCGAGGAAGGAAGAGAACUUUAGAGACCGCAGGAGACGUCGACACUCAAGCAAAACGGAAGACGAUGAUCCUGCUUUCGACUCACAGGACUCAGCAGGAUACUCCUCACGGCAACAAGAAACUGGCGCCAGAUUCCAUGACUCGUCCGUGAGACCAAAGAACAGGCAACACAAGCCACGAGAAGAUGUGAGAAAUGCUUCCCAGAGGAAGUUGCCCAGAUGGGAUCAAGAUGACAGUGACCUCGAAAAUCAAGAUCCUUCCUUCAAGCUACGCGAGCUAGCGAGAUACCUGGCGGACAAUGGGUUUAAGGCCUCCAUGGAUGAACUGGAAAACGCGUUUUCCUCCAACCACUUGGCCAGCGCCCUCAAAUAUAACCCCCAUGUUUUUGGCACGCACAAGAGAUCGGUGGUGCUGCAGCCAGAGAUUAAGAUCUGCUAUUCUUACACUGAUGACAGCGGGUGCCUUAAAAGAUCACAAUGCGAUGAUAUUCAUAUCUGCCCCGAGUUUUUAUCUGGUGACUGUGAAUUGGCAUCUUGUGAAUUGGGGCAUAAGUGGGACACCACUCAUAACAAAAGGGUAUUGAGAACUUUAUAUCUAGAUGGUCUAAAUUCCAGUCAAAUACUUUCUCUCGUAAACUAGGACGAUGCCAUAGAAACCUCUCCUGUGACCACUAAAUUGUUGUAAGGAAUCCCAGAAAAUGUCAUAGGACUGGUAAGCCUCACAUAUCUACCUCAGUUUUGUUAUCCGACUGAAUGAUUCUUCUAACAGAAAUAUCCAGUUGCAACUCUGAAAAUUUCCAGCUGUUGCAAGCCCAUCUCGGAA